CAGCAAGCCAUUUUGCAUGCUCGCAUAGUCUACAAGGGAUCAGUCUAUGCCUGUGAAUCCACUCAUGUGGGCAACAGCUUGAUCCUCUACUAUCCUGACAGUGUGAUGCACACACAGAUACCAGGAACUAUCAAGUAUAUUUUCAGGACCAAGCAUGGAGUGGGCUUCGCUGUGCGGCAUCACCUCCCAUUACAUUCUUACCCAGACCCUUUUCGCCAUUAUCCUGACUUCCCAGCUCAACUACACUCAUUGGCGCUCACUGAUCAUCUUGAAGUGGUCAUGCCUGAGUGGGUAGUAUCACAUUUCGCACAGUGGAGGUUCUCCCCACAGCAUAUUGUUGCCUUGUCUUUGUGUCGUGUA